AGAUCAGCGAUAGAACGAAAGAGACAAUAAGUGGUUCGCAAUGUUUUUUCUGCGCCACCUGUAACUGUACCUCAUUGCGCUCAAAUGUCAAAACUGUUUCUUCUUUUUCCUUUAUGCAUGCGACUACGAAGUUGCCGAAUGUGCGUGAAAGUUUACCUACGAAAAAACGAGAGGGAAAGAUUUUUUGCUUUUUCACGCACAUUCUGAUAGUACCUUACGAGGUUUUUCAUUAGUGCGACAAAGAGUUGGAAUCUCUUUCAACUUCGUAGCCGCGAAUAGUAUUUGUCCUGUUUUGUGUUGCCUUCACAUAUGCUUGUGAUAUGAAUUUUAAGCGUGGUUUAACAACAAAAACAAACAACCAAAGCAACGGAUGUGUCUUUAAAUUUGUGAAUUGUUGUGUUGCUCACUGCAUUUAAUGCAAUAUAAAUUAAAUAUAAGAAUAGUCGCUGCAUAUAUCAAAAGGUUUGAGUGAUCAAAAGAGAGAAAAGUAGAAGACAUAGUUUUCACCUGAAUUUUGGCAGAUUAUCUGUAGUUUCAGAUUCUAUUACGAUAUACGAGAAAAGUGCUCUUAAUGGGAUAUGGCUUCGAAAGCAACCAAAUCAAAGUUAGACAAUCCACAAAACGUAAACCAGACAUGCCGACUUUGUAUGGGGGAGAAGUCCCUGCAAAAUAUUGUCAACCACAAGAAGCUUCAUCAAUGGAUUUCAGAUUUUCUCUCCAUAAAGAUUUCCAGUCAAGAUGGGAUGAGUCAAGCCGUCUGCGCUAUAUGUCGAAAAAUGUUGUUUAAAUUCUACGAGUUUUCAAUACGCUGCAAGGUAGUACAAGGUGUAUUGCAAGCUAAGCUACGGAGUGAAACUACACGAAAGGCUAAGGAAACUGAAUGCCAAAUAUGUCAUAAGAUAUACAAAACGGAAAAACACCUCAUCGAUCACAUGAGAUACCAUGGGCCAAAAAAUCAUGUGUGUACGACCUGCGGAAAAGCGUUUACAAGACGACAUCAAUUGGAUAAACACGUGAAAACUCAUUCAAAACAGAAAGUUGAGGUUCAACCUAUUCCUCAGUUGGAAGAAAGGACGAUUACUGUACAAGAAGGUUUUAAAUCAAAAGCUGAACACUGCGAGGCAGAUGAUUUAACAAUGGGUACGCAAAAACAGCUCGAAGAUACUGAGUCAGUAGCAAAUGAAACAGGGCAAUUGAGUGAAAGUUAUAGCGAUAUAAUGCUACAAAAAGAUGACAUAAAAAUAGAAAUAAUUCAGAUAGAUUCGUCCCUUUUGAACGACCGUGAAGAUAUUUUAGAUGAAAAUGCUCAAGAAGUAGGAGACGAAGACGGUCAAUUUGUCAUUGAGGAUAUUAUUGUCAUAGAACAAGUGAAAAUAGAGCCCCAUCCAGAUGAUAAUGUAGUAACGUUCCCUGACGAGACGUUUACAAAAAUGAAUGAAGACAACGAAGACGAGACGAUCAAUCAAAAUGAGAAUAGUCCACAGUAUGACUCCAGAAUGGCUGAAAGCUCAAAUUUCAACAAAAAUAUCACUGUAGAAACAGAUGCCACAAACGACAAUGGUGGGAAUGGGAAUGGAUAUGCGUGCUCAAAAUGUGAUCGCUCUUUUAAACGACAAUGCCAAUUGAAAAAUCAUAUGGCUAAUCACGAAAAAGCUGAAGAUUCCAAUGAUGCUUAUGAUGAAGCCGAGGAAAAUGCAUUGAAUGAGGAUGAUGCAGAAUCAUAUCAGGCAGAAAAUGAAGAUACUGAAGAACACGAUUCAAAUGACGACAAAACAACAACUGAGGGAACCCAUCCAUUGACAACUAAUAAUAGUGCUGUAAAGGAUGGAUUUGAAUGUAAUAUUUGCCACAAGGUAGUAUCGGAUAAGAGGAAGUUAAAGGAUCACAAAAGGAGUCAUAAACCCAAAGAUCAUGUAUGCUCUAUUUGUGAAAAACCAUUCGUGAGACGACCUGUUAUGUUGAGGCACAUGCUGACCCAUGUAUCACGACCUAAAUAUCAACGAAAAAAGCCAGUGAUAGAAGAAGGACCAUUUCAGUGUGAUAUGUGUCAAAAGGAGUUUAAAAGCAAAAACAAACUUCAUUGCCAUAACAUGAAAGUGCAUGGGCCAAAGAAGCACGAGUGCAACAUUUGCGGAUCCAGAUUUAUAGAGCGUUUUACUCUGAAAAUGCACCUGAAAUCACAUGCUCGAUCUCGCGAUAGGGAGGAGGACUUUCAGCAGUUUAAACAAAUGCUUCAGAUGAACACAUCUUCUAAUCCAGAUAACGGUGAGAAAGGAACUGGAGCAGGUUCUACCACAUCGUCCCAAACCAUACAAAACUCAGGCGAGUUGGCGUUAGAAUGCGUGAAAUGCCACAAGGCGUUUAAAACUCAGCGCGAUUUAUUAAGACACUACAAAUACAAUCAUGUGCCAAAAAAUCGCCUUUAUUGCACUAUGUGCAGUUUGGUAUUUGUGACAAGGAAACGAUUGGAACUUCAUAUGUUAAAACACCAACAAGAAAAUGACAGCUCUCAGUCCAAAAUGGCGGAAAACUUGAGCGAAAUCGACACGGACAAGGUUGUCAAGCAAACGAUAGCAUCAGUACAACACACAGGAUCUACUGAUCAGCAAAUACAGGAUAAUAAAGACAUUGCUAAAGCUAUACCAUUCCAGUGCAAUAUAUGUCAAAAGCAGUAUGAAACUAGGCUAAAAUUAUAUUUACAUCAUAGAGCAGUGCAUGGUCCGAAGAAUCAUAACUGUCUUAUUUGCGCGAUUUGUUUUGCCACCCGACUAGAGCUAAAAAAGCACUUGUGUACGAAGCAGCACAUGAGAAAAUUACAAGAGGCACUUGGGAAAAAGUCAGCUGCCGGGUCAACUAAAGAUUCUGAAAAGGAUCCUAAGGGAGAUAUAAUGGAAACGAACGAUCCACUGCUACUAACAAAAGAAGUAGCCUCCAGCAUUCAGCAAGAGGUGCAGUGUGAUGUGUGUCUCAAGUUUUAUCCGAAUAAGUGGAGAUUGCGCAAUCACAAGAGAUACCAUGGACCCAGGAUUCAUAAAUGCACUAUUUGUGACAGAGGAUUUGCAAUGAGGGAUUUCAUGUUGAGACACAUGCAAACACAUAAAUCAGACAACAAACGCAAACGGCUGAAACCCUUAUUAGAAGGUGAAACAAUUAAGUGUGAUUUCUGCCCAAAGGAGUUCAAAAACUUUGCAACAUUAUGGAGCCACAAGAAAAGAACCCACGGACCAAAAAAUCAUGAGUGCCAUAUUUGCGGUUUCAGAUAUUCCCAAAAUUACAUACUGAAAAAGCAUUUGGAAAUGCACACCCGACAUGGCGACAGUGCUGAGGACUAUCGUUUGUUGAAACAAAUGCAAGACAAGAGGAAAUCAACAGUUCCAGUUCCGCAAAUCCGGAUGAAUAAUGAAGGACCACUGGAGUGUUCUAAAUGUCAUAAAAAGUUCAAAAAUCAAAAACUUCUAGGACUGCACUACAAAUUUCGCCACAUUUCGAAAAACAUCCGAAAGUGCCAUUUGUGCAACAAAUUCGUAACAAUCGUUCGUUUUGAAAAACAUAUGCGUACGAAACACAAGAACGAAGAUGGUACCACUCGAUCCCCAGAGUGUGAUAUAUGUGAUGCAGUUUUCCCAACUUACGAUCAACUGGAGAAACACAUGGAAAUUCAUGGCCCGAAGAAAUAUGACUGCAAAAUAUGCGACAAAUCAUUUAAAGCAUCGAGACUUUUGGUGAAACAUUUGAAAUUUCAUGAGAAUAACACGGGCGAUAAGGAAGAAAACAAUCAAGACUAGUGGAGAAAGCAAGAAAUUGAUACGAAUCUCAUGAAUCAAAGAUUAUUAUAUAGAGGGGAGAGCGACACUAGUUUUUCCAACCCCAAAAAAGGCGAAAAAAGUAAAAAAAAAGCCACAAAAUUUUUGCGGGUUUUAGCGACUUUUUUCGGCGUUUUUUGAGGUUUUUUGGCUUGGCAAAACUAGUGUGGCUCCCCCUGUUAU